AUGGACAAAACUUCAAGGACUCAUGUGUUUUCAAUAGUCAUAAUUUUGAUCAUUUCAUGUGGUGUGGUGAUGGGACGUGACUGUAAUAUUAGAUCAGAUUGUAAUUAUUUGACAUGCGAUAAGGGGUUGCCAACUUGUAUUGAUGGGCAUUGCCUAUGUUUAAAACUCAAUACCAUUCUUAAAGGACAGAGCUGUAAGAAAGCAGAAGAUUGUGAUUUAAAUUGUAGUGGUGGGGAUCCAUUUUGUGUAGAUGGGCAUUGUGUUUGUACUUAA